UGGCCUAGGGAGAAGGCCACUGUGUUUGACAGGCCAAGCCUGGUGAGCCUUUAAGCAGAGCGAGCAAAUGUACCCACACUGGCAGGAAAGGGCACAAACGUCAGUGAAAGCUAAUGAAGAAUGACCCUACAGUUCGCCUGUACUGGAGCCAAGGACUUCUACUGCCAGGCUCUUGCAUUUUCUUUACAGUUCCAGGCACUCUAGCACUGAUUUUUCCACCUGGUCUUAAGGGCAGUUUGGGGCUUCUGUCUUUGGUAUCAACAAAGCAGAAUGGAGACUCAAAACUGGAGCACUCAACCUGCAGAAACAGAAGAAAGUGCAGACAGUCAGAGCCCUUCUCAUUUGAUACUCAGCACUACUAUGUUCUCUUCAUUACCGGAUGUCAAGUCUCAAUAUCAGAACAGCUACAGUGAAGUACUCUCCUAUUAAGCCGAGGGACCAUCCCAAAAUCAACAAAAUAACAACGGGCCUUACACAAACAGGAAAUCUAGGUCUCAUACAGUGAAAAGCAAACAACCUGUCCUUCUGCCCUUUCCUGAAAUCUGAAUGUGAUGGCUGUGCUGCUCAUUCCCACACAGCUGUUGGCAGUGGCUGUUGCCAUUUCCCUGCAGCUGGUGAGGUCCACUCAGGGUGGUGUCUACUAUGGAAUCAAGCAGCUGCCACCCCAGGUGCCCCAGUACCAAGCCCUCGGACAACAAGUACCUCACAUGCCGCUGGGCAAGGAAGGCAUCCCGAUGCAGCACAUGGGCAAGGAGAUGCCGCACAUGCAGUAUGGCAAGGAGUAUCCCCAUUUGCCUCAGUACAUGAAGGAGGUUCCACAGGUGCCAAUGCUUGGCAAGGACAGGGCUCCCAAGAAAGAAAAAGAAAUACCCAUGCGCAGCUUGAGGGGCGAGCAAGGUCCCCCUGGUGAGCCUGGACCAAGAGGACCACCAGGACCACCAGGAUUACCAGGUCAUGGUGUGCCAGGAGCAAAAGGAAAACCGGGUCCACAAGGAUAUCCAGGAAUUGGAAAGCCGGGUUUGCCAGGCAUGCCUGGAAAACCGGGGGUGAUGGGGCCUCCUGGGCCGAGAGGGGAGAUGGGGCCGAAGGGAGAGGUUGGGCCCAUGGGGAUACCAGGGCCACAGGGACCACCAGGACCUCAUGGACUCCCAGGAAUAGGGAAAGCGGGUGCUCCGGGGCUGCAGGGACAGCCAGGACCAAAGGGUGAACCUGGGAUGAAAGGGCCCCCAGGGGUCCCUGGGAUCCCUGGUCCAAAAGGGGAGAAGGGUGUUGGUAUCCCAGGUUUGCCAGGGCUGAAGGGCCCACCUGGGCUGCCCGGCCCUCCCGGCCCUGUGGGUUUGCCAGGGGUGGGGAAGCCAGGUAUGGUGGGGUUCCCUGGCCCGCAAGGCCCUGUGGGCAAGCCUGGUCCCCCAGGUGAGCUGGGGCUGCAAGGGCCCCCGGGUGUCCCUGGGUUGCAAGGACCUCCUGGCCUGCCUGGUGUUGGCAAACCCGGCCAAGACGGCAUCCCUGGUCAGCCAGGCUUCCCAGGUGGCAAAGGGGAGCAAGGCUUGCCAGGCUUGCCAGGCCCUCCUGGUCUCCCUGGGGUUGGUAAGCCAGGCUUCCCUGGCCCAAAAGGUGAGCGUGGGGUAGGUGGCCUUCCUGGUCCCCUGGGGCCCAAGGGGGAGAAAGGCCAUGCAGGGCCGCCUGGCAUGGGGGGGCCGCCAGGGGAGCCAGGACAACCAGGCCUGCCAGGCAUCAUGGGCCCCCCAGGUGCCGUUGGCUUCCCAGGGCCCAAAGGAGAAGGUGGCGCUGUGGGGCCACCAGGACCGGUGGGCCCCAAAGGCGAACCAGGCCUGCAGGGGUUCCCAGGGAAGCCAGGCUUUCCUGGGGAAGUGGGAGCCCCCGGGCUGAGGGGGCUGCCAGGCCCCACUGGGCCCAAGGGAGAAGCAGGGCACAAGGGCUUGCCAGGGCUGCCGGGUGUCCCGGGGCUUGUGGGGCCAAAGGGUGAGCCAGGGUUGCCUGGCGCCCAGGGCCUUCAGGGCCCCUCAGGCAUCCCAGGCAUCGCAGGGCCCAGUGGUCCUAUUGGCCCCCCAGGGCUGCCAGGGGCCAAGGGGGAGCCUGGCCAACCCGGUCCUCCUGGUUUCCCUGGCGUGGGAAAACCUGGGGCUGCAGGGCUGCAGGGCCCUCCAGGGAAGCCUGGAGCACUCGGUCCCCCUGGCCAGCCAGGCCUCCAGGGGCCUCCCGGUCCUCCUGGGCCACCUGGACCCCCAGUAAUCAUCCCCCCGACUCCGCCGGCCGCGGGACAGUACCUGCCCGAGGUGGGGCCAGGAAUAGAUGGCCUCAAGCCCCCCUACGGCUAUGCAGGCAAGAAGGGCAAGGCCGGCGGCGCUGUCUACGAGAUGCCCGCGUUCACAGCGGAGCUCCUCACCCCCUUCCCCCGGGUCGGUGUGCCUGUGAAGUUCGACAAGCUCCUCUACAACGGCCGGCAGAACUACAACCCCGCAACAGGGAUCUUCACCUGCGAGAUCCCCGGGAUCUACUACUUUGCCUACCAUGUUCACUGUAAAGGUGCUAGCGUCUGGGUGGCUUUGUUCAAGAACAACGAGCCACUGAUGUACACCUACGAUGAGUACAAGAAGGGCUUCCUGGACCAAGCUUCUGGGAGUGCUGUCGUUCAGCUGAUGCCUGGAGACAAGGUUUACGUUCAAAUGCCAUCCGAGCAGGCAGCAGGACUCUAUGCCGGGCAAUACGUUCACUCAUCUUUUUCAGGAUAUUUAUUGUAUCCCAUGUAAAACAAAAACCAGGCACACACACAAAUCUAAACCUUUCUUCUCCGCUUCAAAAUCUUAUACCACAAAAGAUGCAUUUAAUGACCGUUUUGGACCAUCUUGUUAAAAAAAAAAAUACAAAGUUUAACAUGCACAGCUAGAUAUUAAAAAAAAAAAAACGUGUGGUGAAUAUA